UUUCAUACCGACCAAUCAGACAAGCGCAGGCAGGUAGGCGCGCGUACAAAUGUAGUAGCAUGCGGACAGGUACACGGGCAGGUGUAGUACAUGCUCUCUUCACGUGUUACACCACUGAUGGUUUAAAUGGCGUGCUCGUGCUAGGGUUUUCACGUGACUGUUAAAACCGGGUACGAAAUUCAGCCAGACAAAUACAUUAGAGUCUUAUUCCGAGCAACUGAGAGGACAGCCACCAGCGUACAACAGUGUACAUCGUCUGUACUAGAUUGGACCAAAGAAAACAAAACAUGAGGCCUGCCAAGCCCAUACUGGUGAUCACCAUGCUGGCUGGACGGUUGAGUGUGACUGCCAGCACGGACACUAAAGCCAGUCCCGUCUGUCCUCCCGGCUACGGGUGGGCUCCAGAGCUGAGCGACUGUAUGGACUGUUCCGUCUGUGACACUAUGCCCAAGACAUCGGGCUGUCUUGACUGCAAAGGCGAAGAAGAGCCAGUAGUCGUCCCAACCGAGAGCGGUUUUCGGCAGGUUAAAGCACAGAGUGAUGACACAGCAAACUUCUAUCAAUGUCCCAACGGAUACGAGUGGUACCCAGACAUCGGUGACUGUAUGUCCUGUACUGUCUGUGACGACAUGCCCGACACCUACAUCUGUGAUAUGUGUGCAAAGGACUCAAAGUCUACCCGUGCAAGGUUUCAACCAGGAGUGAUUGCUGUGAUUGCCAUACUGACCAUGGUUACUGUCUGCUCCAUAUCCCUGGCUGCCUGGUGCACCUGGAAGAGGCUUCAAGUCGGUAGAAACAACGGAGAUGACACAGAUUCCGAGGCUAGACAACCUAUUCAGGAAACGGCCGAUCCGGACGAGAGAAUUUCAGGCAUAGAGACCGUCUAUACGUCAGCCUUUGAAACAUCGGUGGAUUUGGGAGCCGCAGAGAUCAACAUGAGGGGUGCUGUCCCAUCAGCGCUAUGCGUCUGCUUGGCGACUGUCGCCAUGGCAACGCCGGCCCCCUUCACCUGCCCCCGAGGUCAUGUGUGGAACUCGGUCGUUAAUGACUGCAUGUCUUGUGACGUGUGCGAACAUUCUCCUGCCACAUCCAUCUGCGGAUCUUGCCCAGGUGCCAUGACGCUUGAAAAGUCGGUGGACGAUCGACCUGCGAAUGAGCCCGUCUGUCCUCCUGGUUUUGAGUGGGAGCCUGUCCUGAGCGACUGUCUAACGUGCGAUGUGUGCGCCAGUGCACCUGAUACCAGCAUCUGCAACAAGUGUUCAGCAAAACAGGGACUUAGUGCAGGAGGGAUAGCCGGCAUUUCCGUGUCCUCUGUCGCCCUGGUGUUAGUCCUGUCUGCUGUGCUCGUCUAUGCAAGGAAGCGGUACAAAGAAAGACAGCUGGGAUAUCCAAUACAGACUACGGACCGGGAUAUGGAAGGGCAGGCAAUCGUAACCCAGUAACAUUUGUGUGAAAAAAGCAAACCUUGCAUACUAGUGAUGCUAUAUGUAACAGUAGAGCUGUGGAUUUCGUGGUGAAUGAAACACUGCACUUUUGUUCGUUUUUGAAACUAGGAAAACACUGAACGAUCUACAAGGCAUGUAGUAAGGAAAUUUUACCUUUACUGACUUCUUGUUUCUCAAUAUGUGAUUGCUUCGUCUGAAUGCUACAUUUAGCAGGAUGUAAUGUGCACUUUUGUCAACUUUCUCGACAUUCGUUUGAAAUAAAGC